GCAUUGUUCAGGAAAUACAUAAUCACACAUGUGAGGAGAAAGGAGAGGUUGCAGCAUGCAGAGACUAUAAAAUGUCUGUGGAAAGGUCAGCCGUUCAUGUGAGGUCACAGCUGCCCUGGGGACAUUUGUCCAGUGAAUGGUGUAACUGGUUUUAAUCUCGAACAGAAACCGCCUCUGUGGUUAAGAUACCAUUCGAUUCGUUACUGGAUACUGUUAGGCUAGUUGGAUGAGUUAUAUAGCGGCUGUUGCCCUAUUUGCUCAAAGUGUGGAGAUGUGUUGCCAGUGAUAUGACCGAAAAUGUAGUGAAUUUCACUUCGGUGCUGCUAACGUGUUAUCUGCAUGUUAUGGCUUGAAAGUUCAGAAAGAACAAAGGAUAGCUUUAGGAGCAGGACAGGGCAAAGAAAGAUUCUCAAGAGUUCACUGGGCAGGUCGCAAUCCAGAUGUGUUAUUUGGACUCGACAUUCACCUUAUGGGUGCUUAAAAGUUCAACGAGGGGCUCCCUUUGUAAAAUAGUCAUUAGCAGAGGUUUGCUGUUGGUCUAAAAACGCGACAUUAUCUGCUAUUAAAAAAGCGACAAUCCAAAAGACCCGAGGGCACAACAAUGCUAAUGUUGUCGGGGGCUUUGACUUCUCCCAGCCAUUGCUUAGAAGCUUCUCAGUGCGACUGCCGCAUUUAUAGCCUACGCCGUCUCGGUGUGUGCGCUGUAUCUCUAUUAAGAAGGUGGUGAAACCCGAAGGUGAAACCCGAGAGAAUCUCCGACUUAAGUCUCUGUUGCAAUGGACGAAACGGAUAUCAUGGACUUAACGCAUCAGAAAACGAGAAAACGACCGCGUCCAAUCAGUUCUGUGGAUUUGUCCGUACACGCGUCCUUAAAACGAAUCCCGUUAAGAACCGGGGAAUGCAGGGACCCAGCGUUCAUGUUCACAGUCAGAGGCGACAACAUACCUGCAGCAUCUUUAAAGCAGAAUGAUCAUUCUGUGUCUACUUCGCCAACUACAGUAAUGCCCGCACAGGAUAACCGCUCCAGUAUGUCCAGACCCAUGAUCACCAGAUCGCCAGCGUCUCCCAUGAGUAACCAGGGCAUCCCAGCCCCCGCCCAGCUAACCAAGUCCAACGCCCCCGUGCACAUUGAUGUGGGAGGACACAUGUACACCAGCAGCCUGGCAACACUAACAAAGUACCCAGAGUCCAGAAUCGGACGUCUCUUUGAUGGUACAGAGCCCAUAGUCCUGGACAGCCUGAAGCAGCACUACUUCAUAGACAGGGAUGGACACAUGUUCCGCUACAUCCUCAACUUCCUCAGGACGUCCAAGCUCCUCAUCCCAGAUGACUUCAAAGACUACAGCCUGUUGUACGAGGAGGCGCGCUACUUCCAGCUGCAGCCCAUGCUGAGCGAGCUGGAGCGCUGGCGCUUGGACCGGGAGCAGGGCCGGGUGUCGCGGCCCUGCGAGUGCCUGGUGGUGCGCGUGGCGCCCGACCUGGGCGAGAGGAUCACGCUGAGCGGCGACAAGGCCCUCAUCGAGGACGUCUUCCCCGAGAUCGGCGACGUCAUGUGCAACUCGGUCAACGCUGGCUGGAACCACGAUUCCACGCACGUCAUUCGCUUUCCCCUCAACGGCUACUGCCAUCUUAACUCCGUCCAGGUGUUGGAGCGCCUGCAGCAGCGUGGGUUUGAGAUCGUGGGCUCCUGUGGUGGGGGCGUGGACUCGUCCCAGUUCAGCGAGUACGUCCUGAGGAGGGAACUGAGAAGGACGCCCCAGAGAGGAGGGCCCAACUCAAACAGAAUAAAACAGGAGCAGCUGGACUAGAGACCUCCACAACCACAGGAGGCGCUAGACUUAUUUACUUACUUUAGGCGUGAGCUCUGCGUGGGCGGAGCUCUCUGUACGGACUCUUGUGUUUUUUCGUUUUGGUUUUGUUUCUUUUGUCAUUUUUUCUUUUUCUUUUUACUUGAGAACCACCUAUAGAAAAAAAGGUGCAAAAUUAGUUUUUUUUGCCAUAAGAAGAUACAGAAUAUUUGAUAAGUUAUUGAAAUCUCAAGGACAUUUGUUGAUUGUUUACUAGCCCCUUUUGAGUGAAUUUAAAAGAAUUAUACACCGAAGCCCAAAAUGAAGUUUGUUUUAAAACUUUGAGCCUACAUUAGGUUAAUGUUCUCAAUUUUACCUGUCAAUGUUUUUAAGGGUUUGAUUGUACAUGUAGUGCACACCCUUCUAUCAGUGCUUAGAUGUUUCCCCACUGGCAAAUUGCCUAGUUUUCUGUACAAGAUCUCCGUUUCCAUAAAUGCUUUUCAAUAGAAUUGAAUAUACUAAUUAAUAAUUACAUUAUUUUUCUCAUGAUUAAAAGGGUUUAGUAUUGUGCCACAAAUGAAGUUGUUUUUACAUGAAUGGAAGUUAUCUUAUUGGAUUAUGCUAUUAAAUAGAGUUCACUUUAGUCUCAUCAAGAUUUUAUGUCAUAGGUAAUUCUAUAAUCACUUAAAGAAAAUGCUAAGUAAAUUAUUAUUAUAAUGUCACAUCAUUGCCUUGUUGUACAGGGAAUACAGGUUAUCCUAGAGACAACCAAGGUAAUUCAUUCAGCGGGUUAUAACCCUCUGGAGUGGCAAACUGUAUGAUAUUGUCAUUGUAUACGUGUUUGUUUGUGUUUUUUUACAUUGAAAUUGACAUCUUUUUAAAACAAAUCUGUUGCCUCAUACAUGACUGAACUGAUACAAGCCUAUUGUAACACCCAAUCUAAAGAUCACCCUCACAUUUAGCGUAUAUUGAAAUGAAGUUUCUAACAUGACCAACCUACCUACUCUCCCUAGAUUUGAGGUAAGAGGAAUGUAGCUCACAAAUGUGAAAUAAAUCUUCAACAUAAGUUGUAAUAAAG